AUGAAUGCCUCGAUCACCGACGGCGGCGGCAGCAGCGGUGGUGGCGGUGUCCCUCCCUCCGCCACUGUGGCGGGCGCGGCUGCCGCAAUGGCAUUGGCAGCCCAGGACCAGCAGAACCUGCCGCCGCAGCAACAGCAGCCGCCGCAGCAGCAGCCGCAACAGCAGCAGCAGCAGCAGCAACUUCAACGUCAGCAGCAAGAAGCGGCAGCUGGGGCCGCAGCCGCGGCGGGGUCGGCGGUCGGCGGGGACGAGGCACGGCUGGCCGACGGCAUGGCUGGUUUAUCCGUGGAGGGCCUCGGUGGGUCGUCUACGAUGGCCGGGGGGAACAACCUGGGUGCCGGUGCGGCGUCGGGGGCGCCGGGUGCGUUGCAGCUUGUGAUGUUGCAGCAAGAUAACGAGAAUCUCGUUGCGAAAGUAUCGGCUUUGGAGCAAUCCCUGCAGCAGUUGCUGAACAACCAAGGUGGGGGCGCGGGUUCGCACGUGGUCGGCCCGCAUGCUGCUGAUGGCGCGGGAGCCGCGGUGGCGGUCGGUGCGGGUCUUGGUGCAGCUGCUGCUCCUGGGUCGGACGCUGAUCGCCAGCGUCGCUUCGCAAAAGCGGAAUUCGAGAGUACCGCUUCUGCUUGGCGUGCGGGACGUUUGAUGUGGGCGCUGCGUGGUAAGCGGGGAAUUGACGUUCCCAACAAAGAGACCCUGCAAACGAUGAUGGGGGGGACCGUUACCGGCACCGACAAGACUUUGCAGCAGCUUCGGACCAUGUCCGGACUGAACGUACUCGACUUCUUUCCCGUUGGCAAUUCCGGUAAGCUGUCAGUCCCGGACCACUUCGAUUUGACCUGUGCUGCGAUCGUUAACGUGUUGAAAUUUGGUCUCUCUGCCACCUCCGCGGACAACGCUGCAGCUCUGGCGCGCUUGCUGCCCAUGGAGCAGGCCAUGCUUUCGGCGCGGGGUACGCUGCGCAUGCAAGCCCUCCGUCAUAUGGGCGAUUUUCAGGGGAGGGGGUCGCGGGGGACCUUCGCCGACCUCCCUAACGACGAUUUUCGGGAAUGGGCAAAUGCGGUAAUGUUGUGGAUGUUACCGAUGCAGAAUUUGCCGGUGCCGCCGGAGUCUUUCGAGCGCUUUGGGCCCCCCCCGGUUCCUCGGCUCGAUGGCAUCAACGGCUUCUCCAUGUCCGGGAGCAUUGCGCUACGGAUCUUCGGGACUGUGGGUGGUGGAGGGUCUUCUGGAUCGAGUGGGGGUAAGAGACGGCGGGGGGACUCCCGCUCCGCGGGUGGGGACUCCAAACGCCGGUCGAAAGUGUGUUUCGAAUAUCGCGACUCCCAAACAUGCAGGUGGGGCGACUCCUGCGUGUUCCGCCAUGCGACUGGGGGCGGCAAGGGUGGCGGCGGCGGUGGGGGUCGCGCUUCGGGUGGAGGGGGAGCCUCGGGCGCCGCGACCGAUGGCGGAAGCGGCUCCUCGGCGUUGGUCGUUCGCCGGGGAGAUGGCAGCAACUGAGGACACGGGCUCUGCCUUUCGGCGGGGCCAACUCCACAGUCGUGUGGGAGCGUAGAUCAGACAGCGGGGCCGGGUUCCAGAGCGCUUGGGGCCGCCGCGUUGGCGGCGGCGGGCGUGGGUGUCGGUCGAGGGGCGUGUGUGCCCGGGGCUGUCUCUUCGUUGCGACCAGGUGAUGUCUCGUUUAGGUCGAUAGCGGGUUCGCGUGAACUUUGCGAAUGGCGAUCUCGUGUGUCUGCUUUGGCAGCGGUGUGUCCACCCUCCGAUAUGGGUGUGGGUCUUAGUGAGGUGGCUUCCGCUGGUUCCGCCUUGCUUAGACAGUGUGGGGGGCGUAUUGAAGUGCUCGUGGCGGCCGGUGGUGCCGGCUUCUUUGCGCCCCAUGUCAAUGUUGCGUCGGUUCGUGAAUUUUUUGGGGUCUCGAAACGUUUUCCGCAAAUUGACAACCUCCUCCGCGUGUUGUGUCCUGGCGCGCCGGUCGAUGUCGCGCCGGGGGGGUGUCUAGACGCCGAAUUAAAAUACGGCAACCAUUCCAGCAUUUUACCAUACACUCCGCAGAUCAUUGACAAGAUCGUUUCGGAUGUUACGUUAGGUCGUGCUCUCGUCUUCGACGUGCAGUUCAUCCGUGAAAUUUUGGGUGUGCGUGUUUCCCCCCUUGGGGUGGUGGACGAUCCGAAAUUCCGCAUCAUUCAUGAUCUCACAUUCACAGCGGCUGGUGCGCAGUCUAGCGUCAAUGCAGAUACAGAUUUUGAUCGUGCCCCCGAGUGUCUGUUGGGACAUGUACUUUUCGAUGUCUUGUCGCGCGUCCUCUUUUUGCGCCAAUUGCACGGGCCGACUCUCGAGAUUUUGCUCUGCCGUAUUGACGUGCGUGAGGCUUUUCGCCAAGUGUUGGUCGACCCUUCGAGGGCGUCGGUAUUCGGAUACACGAUGGGGGACGUGGUCGUCAUCGACCUUCGUUGCCAGUUUGGUUGGCGUUCCAGCCCAGGUUUUUGGUCGCUGUUUGGUUCCGCUCUUGAGCAUGCACACACCCACACUACUUUUCAGACAGCUUCUGUGUUGCCUGACGGAGUUGCGGCGGUUGAUCAUAUUUAGCUUGUUCCUCCCCAAAACCUCCCCGUAUCGUUACCGCGUGAUUGUGCCCAAAUUUCUAUGGAGGGCGGUUUCGCUGGUUCCGCGUUUUUCGUUCGGUAUUAUGUGGAUGACGGUGUGCUUGUCGAGGCGCGGUUUUUCACGGAUGGUCGUCGUUGCCUACGUGCAGUGCAGUCGAUCGCGUCGGACCAUUUCCGUCUGCUGGGACACCGGGGGCCAAACGAUCCUCCGUUGUUGUCUGCAAAGAAAAUCACCGAUUUUUCGACGCGUUUGGAGGUGUUGGGAUGGAUUUUAGACACGCAAACUCUCACAGUGACCAUGCCUCUGCGAAAACAACAGAAAUUAAACCGUUUGUUGGGCGAGUGGCCGCGGUCGCGUCGGUGUGCGACCGCCCGUCACGUCGCGGAAUUGACCGGUUUUCUUCUUCACGUGUCUUUUGCCUUGCGUCCAGGCAAAUUUUUCGUCGGCUGUCUGUUGGCCGACGUCGGCAUGCCGCAGUCCGAGGUGUUUCUUUCGUGUGUUUCCAACCCCAAUCGGCGUGUCGUGUUGGGGCCUAUGUUUCACGAUGAUUUGGAUUUUUGGCGCUGGUUUGUGCAGCGAGGUCUGGCGUCGCGUGGCGGCCAGUUGUGUGCACCGAUGUACAAUGUGGUGCUUCGUCCUCCGGUAAUGGCUGUGUUUGCCGAUGCUUCCAAAACGGCGUUUGGAGCAUACUGUGUGCGAACUGUGUGUUAUUUCCGGCGUGAUCAGACGUGUGACGAGCAGUCCCGCUUUGUGGGGUCUAGCAAGUCUGUAUCCGAGUGUGCCGAUGUCAGUAUCAAUGUUCUUGAGCUACUCGGCAUGGUCGCGGCGGCAUGGGUGUUGAUUGUGCAACAGCGUCAUGUGCCGGUGUCGGCUGGUGACUGUAUCCAGUUGCGGGGAGACAAUGAAGCGAGUGUGGCAUGGAUUGAGCGGUGUCGCGGAGGCAAGGAGCCGCGGUCAGGCGCGCUCAUGCGGAUGCUGGGGGCGAUUGAAGUGUCUAGCGGGUGGCUUUUCCAAUCGUCCCAUGUGCCUGGUGUGCUCAAUUCGCUUGCUGAUGGUAUUUCUCGCUGGCCCGCCGCUGAUGUGUACGACAACCUUUGUGCCGCUGCCCCCCAUGUACGAUGGCAGGAAGUGGAGUUGAAUCGAGCCGGGCAAGAGAUGUGCUCUGCCGUACUGGGGCCAGUCUCGUCCGCCAGUCACUUGCGCGAACGUCUGAACGAACUUACCUGGGCCUUUUUGGAGCCUGGGUGAAAUAUCGUGUGAUCGUGGUGAACCGGCCGGUUUUUAUUGCUGCCGAGGUUGUUACGCGUGAUGUCGUUGCUCAAUUGCUUGAGUACGUCGCGUAUUGUUUUUCCGUUUUGGGUCUACAACAAUCGACGAUCGCCAGUCAUUUGUCCGCUAUUAAGUUCUUCCAUCGUGUGUCGGGUGAAGGGGAGCUUGAUACGCAGCAUCCGCUGGUGCGUUGUGCUUUACGUGGGGCGGCGCGGGGGCAUGCCGACGUGGGCACACAGCAGCGGUUGCGACGGCCGGUGUCUUGGGCGAUGUUGCAACGGGGGAGUUCGCUGGUAUCGCAAUGGGGGGUAGGCGGGCGCGUUUUGUUUAUUGCGCUGAGUGAUGCAUGAAGUUCAUGGAUUGCGUCGGGGGGACGCAGCGUUUUUUUUCGGGGGUCGGUCCAGCUGUUGCAGUCGGCGCAGUGGCCAUUGGCCGAUCGCGUGGAGGUACGUUUUCGUUCGUCGAAAGGGGACCAGUUUCGGAAGGGGGCGGUUUGCACGCGCACACGGCAAGGUCCGUGCUGUGGGGUUGACCGAGGGGGUGGUGCAGUGGAUGUCAUGGUGGAGCUGCUUUCUCUGUAUACCUUUUUGCCUUCGCAUGCGCCUCUCGUGGCUUUCGGUGUUGGUCAGGGCCAGUGGGCCAUGUGGACUAAGUGUCAAGCUACUGUGGCUCUUCGCCAAGUGGUUGCGUUGGCGGGUUUGCAGCCCGAGGAGUACGCGCUGCACUCCCUGAGAAUUGGGGGCGCAACUUUCUUGGCGGCGCGGGGGGCUUCGCCGGAGGUUCCCCGAAGAGAAGGGCGUUGGUCGGGGGAGAGUAGUCACCAGUGUUACGUUCGGAAUGUUGGGGGUGACGCUUCGUGGGUGUCAGAGGUGUUGGCGAACAAGGAGAAGGUGACUACACAGCCAGGGCAAGGUACCCGAUGGGGUGACGUGUGAAGGGGUUCCGUGGCACGUUGUGUAUGUCGAGAUCCUUGUUGUACCGAUGGUAUUUUGCUGUACAUAUUGUAUGCCGCAUAUAUUGGACGUUGUACAUAUCGUAUGUUUUGCAUAUAUGGAAGCGGACGAGCGUGUUGGUUUUCUGUUUUCAGUCUAUACUCGCUUCGCCGUGUUUACCGGGGGCGAGCGAGAGCACGUGUGCGUAUGGUGGCCAAGGGUUGUUUUCUGCUGUGACGUUUCUUUUUCCCACCCACCCACCCUUGCUUUUGGGGGUGUCAGUGGACAUGGAAAUAGGAGCAGCGGCGUUGUGUUCAGGGUGAGUGUCCGUCGGGGGGGACUCACUGUGUAGCCGCAGUCGGGGUUGCGUGUGCCUAUGCUGGGCGCAGUUCCGAGGUGCUCGUCCCAUUUAUUUUGAGUGGGAUUGGUGUACAUCGCACUUCAGGUGGUAUAGUAUAUGCAGGACGCAUGUUGUUGGGUGUAUCGGACCGUUGCAUGGUUGGGGGAGUGCACUCCUGGCUGCUGUGUGUGGCUAUGUUGGUGCUACGCGCUUCCCCGUUACGUGCGUGACGAGUCUGAUUGAUAAGUGGAUACGCAUACAUAUAAUAUGGCUUAUAUGUGGGUGUCCUGGUGUCCGGGUACAUGCGUAUUUUUCUGCAGUGCGAUGGGAAGGUCAGGGGAACAGAG